AUGAGCCUCUUUGAAUUUCCUUCCGCCGGCCGAAGCGACAGUAUUUUCGACAAAAAUGCGCUCAAAUCAUUUCAUCGCAAGCGCCUAACGAGGCACCACGGCAGCAGCGGAGCUUCAAGUAAAAUCAACAAGAAAUCGCAAAGGGCCAAUUCGAUUCUAACCCUUCACGGCCGAACAGUCACCCUCAAGUUCGACUACUUCAUCGAAAUCCUCAACGCUGUCAAUUUCGAACUCACCGGUGAAAACGUCCUCAAACUCUCCCGCCGCGAAUGGAUGCUCCAAGAGAAUCGCCAAAGCAAAAUCGCCAUGGUCGAAAAAGAACUGGUUCUUUGGGGCGUUCUGACACUUAAUGAAAAUUUCAUCGAGAAAAUCAUCGAUGCUCAAGAAUCGAAACUCCAGUGGCUCGUUUUUGUCGCCAUGUCAGCUCGUAAAGCAGCGCCAUUUUGCCGACGAUUCCGGCUAAACGGCCAAAAACGACUUUACUACGAGCUUUCGGAAAAAUACGAGCAGCUAGCCUGUAGCUUGCUCAAUGAUGUUUCCAGGGAUUCUCCUCUUCUUGGAGUGAUUCUAGUACGAAGGAGGCAAGCGGCGUUGGGUUUUAGAAAUGUGCUGGAUACGGGACAUUUUGGGGAUUUGGCGGCGCUCAUGGCGACGAAUCCGGUUCAGGAAGUUAUCACAAAAAUCUGGUACGGUGCUCUCGAUCCAGAAACACCAAUGGGUCCAAUGAUUUGCUCAAUUAUGAGUCCUCUAUUUUCUCCUCUUCUCAUCCACCAAAGUACCGACCCAUUGAUUGACUACAACACUCGAGUUUUCAACUGCACGGAGACGAAUCUUGUAGACACCGACGAAAACGGCAUGGAUGUGGAACUAAGCUAUUUUGAAAAAGUCUUUGUCUUCUUUACCGCUCCUUAUACCGCCUGGUUUUACAGCCUCCUGUUCCACAUUUCCUUCCUGAUCUACUACGCUUACGUCAUCAUUCAAAAGUUCUGCUACGCUCCAACUAUCCACGAAAUCAUCGUUGUUAUCGUCUUGAUCGGAGUCUGCGUCGAGCAAAUUCGUCGUCACAUGUCGGGAAAUACGAAAAAAGGGAUCGACAAGAUUUUUGACAAUUCUUACAAUAUUCUCUACCUGAUGUCAUUUGUGCUUGCUUCAAUCGCUGGUAUUUUGAGAUUCGGGAUCUGGCUAGCAAUACCUCAAGAAACAUACGACUCCCUGGGCCCGUCUUAUUCCUGGGGAGAAGCGUGUCCGCCCCGGAUCAUCGGGGCUCAGGCUUUAAAAAACGUACGAACAGAAGACAUCAUCGGAGGAGAAGGAGUCGAUAUCGACAUCUACCUGAAAUGGGCACAAGUUCUUUACGGCUCUUCGUUUGCUUUGAUCGGCUUGAAUAUGGCACAAUUUAUGAGGAUUCAUCCGAAUUUGGGACCUCUUGCGAUUUCUCUUGGGUAUAUGUUGAAAGAUUUCUACAAGUUCUGCUAUUUGCUGCUGGUAAUUGUGCUUCCUUAUGGUGUCAUUUUUCAGUUUUUUCUUUAUCCUAAUGAUCCAAGACUUACUCUCCAAUACCCCGGCCACGUCUUCGCCAAACUCUCCUUCAAGCCCUUCUACGCGAUCUUCGGCGAAACAUUCAAAAGUGAAACCUCAACCUAUGCCUACGAAAACGUCCCAUCCUGCGCUGCCUCGCAAAUUAUGAUUCCGACGCCAAACUCAACUCUUGUCCACAACGCUGGAAACAUUGAAAUCUUGCAUCUUCAGGGAGAAGAGGAUGUUCCUGAGUUUGAACCAACAAGUCUCUUUUACAAUAUUCCGUAUUUCAAGCCGCAUCACCUGUACGAAGAGAACAAGACUGAGGUCUCGAUAAACGGGCUUAUCCGCCUUGGCGAUUUCAAAGAAGCCGUGGCGGAAAAUAGGAUGAACUACACGGAAGACGAUUUGUUGUACCACGGCGUACCAAAUUUCCUCGCUCCUGGAAGCAAUUUUACCGAUGAUCAGCUUUUCAUCCCAAGGCAGGAGAGCGUCUUCAACCCUGUUUUUCCACGUUGUCCAGAAAGACACUGGUUCAAUAGUAUUUUGUUGAUGUGUUAUAUGAUGCUGGUUGCGGUGUUGUUGAUAAACUUGUUGGUGGCGAUGUUUGCGACUACAUAUAACAAAAUUCACGAAAGCUCUGAGCAAAUUUGGCGGCGGCAGAGAUACGAGCUUCUUUUGGAUUAUUACAACAACCCUGGUCGACCAGUGACUCCUCCUUUCAGCUUGCUGCUGUCGUUUUACUGGCUCAUCAAAUACAUCAUUUUGCGGAUUAAAAAUGUGAGCCCGGAAAUGGCCAAGAAGAAUAUUCUCUAUCCUCGGAUGUUCGGACAGCACUUUUUGCGAUUGCCGCGAGAAGAACCGACAGGCCCGGAAAUGGUUCUGCCGAAAGAAUUUGGGCAAAUCUUCCACAUGCUCGACAACGUUGAACGAAAAAUCAUCCGAGGAAUGCAUUUCAGACCUGUCGACAUCACUUCCGAAUCGAAAACAGCGCGAUCACGUGUCAUGGAACUGGCAGAAAUGGCGAAUGAAAUUGAGAAAGAUCUUUUCAGAACAACCAACUGA